AGAUGACGCAAUCUCCGCGCGGAGCGGGGCGGGGCUCCGCGAGGACCUUAUCCGGAAGAGAUCGCCUGAGAAGCGGAAGUUGAGGAAUGAGAAGCGGCGGCCGAUGGCGGCGGAGGCUUGGAUGAGACUGAGGACCAGAGAGGGAAAGUGACUUCCUCAAAGUCACAGAGUAAUUGGGAGAGCUGGACAAGAACCUAAGCCUGUAACUGAAGAGACCAGAGAUCUUUCUCUUACACUCUUGGGAAGCAGAUCGCAAGCUCUUUGCAGACUUUUUUGUGAGGAAAAAAAUGCCCAAAGUCAAAAGAAGCCGGAAAGCUCCCCCAGAUGGUUGGGAGUUGAUCGAGCCAACUCUAGAUGAAUUAGAUCAAAAGAUGAGAGAAGCUGAAACAGAACCCCAUGAGGGGAAGAGGAAAGUGGAAUCUCUGUGGCCCAUCUUCAGGAUCCACCACCAGAAAACCCGCUAUAUCUUUGACCUCUUCUACAAGCGGAAAGCCAUAAGCAGAGAGCUAUAUGAAUAUUGUAUUAAAGAAGGCUAUGCAGAUAAAAACCUCAUCGCAAAAUGGAAAAAGCAGGGCUAUGAGAACUUAUGCUGCCUGCGGUGCAUUCAGACACGGGACACCAAUUUUGGGACAAACUGCAUUUGCCGGGUCCCCAAAAGCAAGCUGGAAGUGGGCCGGAUCAUCGAGUGCACACACUGCGGCUGCCGGGGCUGCUCUGGCUGAGGCCCCUGGCCCUCACUCAUCUCCACCCUGGACUUUGGACUUCACAGGCUUCUGCCACCCCCUUUCCGAGGAGCAGCUCUUUUCACAGAGCGGUGCCCCAGGCCUGAGCAGAGGCAUGGUCUCUACAUACGAAGGCUUUGCUGUUCAUCAGAUGUGAUUUGUAGAAAUAAAACUUUUAAACCUUU